AUGAAGAUCAGCCGCUCUCUCAUCGACGACGCCAAUUCGCGUCACAGCGAGGGCGCCUCUUCGAACGCAGCCACCACUCCGGAGCCUCACCAUCUCGACUCACCCUCGGACGUCUCCAGGAGCUUCUCCCGUGGCACAGGAAAACGCAAGCGUGUGCACUUUGCCUGUACCGAAUGCUACCGUCGCAAGCAAAAGUGUAACCGUGAAACUCCUUGUCAGCACUGCAUCGCCCGAAAGAUUCCCGAACAAUGCAAGACCUUUCAGCCGGGCGAGGAAACAAACGAUGUCGCUUCCAGGCUACAUCGUGUCGAGAGAAUCCUCGACGACUAUCUGCCACAGCUUUUACAACAGGUACAGCAUCUUGCCUCCGCCGUCCUUCCAGCCUCCCAACACACGUUGCAGACCAACCGUGGUUCAGAUCCUCACCCCAGUUCGUCUCGCAAUGACCAGACACCUAGUCAUCGUUUGCCCUCUUCCAAACCCCUAUCGUCCGACACUGGUCUGUUCAAGUCUCCCGAGCAGAUGCAAGCUCGGCCUAAUGACCAAGAUGAUGACGACAUCGACGAGCUCGAAACCGACGGUAGAUACAGCCCCAAGACCGGCUUUUACAACGGCGGUUCCAUGGAUAUGCGCAUCAGCUCCAUUCUCGAUGACCUCCCAGGCAGCUCCACCAAGGCGACCCCCCUGAACUUGCCCAUCAGGACCCUCGAGGGUCCCUCCGAUCUAGAUGUUGUCAUGCCCGAGUACGGCUGCCCCACUGCUCCUACUCCGGAUCUGCUCGGUGCAUUCAGCACUCGCGCUCACUGCAGCGUGCUCGUAGACCACUUUUUCAACGACAUCAACUGGAUGCGUCAGCCACUCCCUCAACAGAGCUUACGCAAAUCCUUCGAAGCCUUCUGGAACUCUGGUCCCAAGAUCAAUGUCCAAAACAUCAACAUCUUUGCACUGCUUUGCAAUGUCUGCGCCAUCGCCAUGCUCUCCGUACAACACUCUCUUUUUCCUGAAGGGCCCCACGACCGGCUCAAAGCCGCAAGACGCUACCACUACGCCGGUCGCAGAGCUUUGCUGAUGAGCUCCAUCAUGGGUCGCGAAGACGUCGAUCAGAUUGUCGCAUGGCUCGCUUCUUGCCGCUUCCUCUUGCUCGACCGCCGCAUCGGAGAAGCAUAUACUCUUGGCUCUUCCGCUGUUCGUGCGGCUUUCAGUAUCGGCCUCCACCGUGACGGAACCAAGUUGGGUCUCUCGCCAGCCGAGACCGAGGCUCGCAGGCGAGUUUGGGCUUCCGUCUAUUUCCUCGAUCGAGCUCUUGCUCUCAACACCGGGCGUCCUGCGGUCAUUGACGAUCGUGUUUGCGACACUCAAGUGCCCAGCGGCGUCAUGGACGAAGACAUCUUCCCAGCGCCCAAGCAUCCUCCCAAAUUGCCUCCAGGCGUCGAGCCUCCUACUGCAUAUAGCUACACAGUCUUCCGUCAACGUAUCGCUGAACUCGAAGGUCGCAUCUUGGCGACUUUUCAGAAUCUGCAACAUCCCGUGCACGUCAGCGACGUCCUCGCUCUUGAUGAGAGCAUGCGCGAAUUGCAGGACAACCUUCCCUUUUACUUCCGCGCUCGCCUCACCAAGGAUGGCGUCGAAUGUGACAAGUCGCUCGACUCAACCUACGGCUUCCUCAAUGUCCAUCGCUUCCUUCUGCACACCGAGAUCAACUCGGUCAGGAUUGCACUCCAUCGACCAUACUUGCUUCGAUCUGGCGGUCCCAAUGGUGCCAAAUUCUUGCCAUGCCGCCAAGCAAGCCUCAACGCCGCUCUUCAUGACCUGGAAAUGCGUAGCGACUUUGUGCAGAGCCUCCAAAAGUUCAAGACAGACGACGAGGCUUUACUCCUUUAUCGCGUCCAGAUCGGUACGUACAAGUAUUUUCACUCGUUGCUCGUCGUAGGCGUGGUGCUCCUCAUGGAUCCGAAUGCUCCCGACGCGCCCAAACUCAAAGCGCACCUUGCACACUACGUCAACAAGUAUCAAUCAAGGCCUGCGAGUCAACGCGACGAGAUGCGAGAUCGCGAAGCAAACGUCAUCGGCAUCUUUCUAUCAAGGAUUGAACAGGUCGAACACAUGGCUGCCACAUCCAAGGGCGCCGCAGCUUCCAAUGCCGCUACUUCAAGAGCUCCGAAAAGGGCUCGAUCCACUGACACGGGACGCCGCGGUGAGGCCAAUUCUCGCGAAGCAAAACAGACCAAGCGUAGUCAAGACGCUAAAACAGAGCGCGGGGACGAGAAAUCAGACGCUCAUCUGUUGCUUGGACUCGGUGCUCAGAGAUCUGUCAACGGUGAAGGAGGCGGUUUCGAGGCUGACAGGUCGCGUACAGUGCAGCCAUCUUCUGUUGACUCCGACGUCGUGACGCGAUCGCCACGCCAAGAUCCAACUUUGGCAUCUACAUCGGCUGAACGCAGUUAUGGCACCGCUUCUGUUUCUGCAACUGCUACUGGGUCGCGCCAAGACUCAGGCGACUGGACGCACAACCCUCGUAGCUUGGGCAAUGCCAUGGGCCACAUGAGCUCCACCGAGAGUCUCUCGAACAGUCCGUCGACCUCUUCGCUGCCUGCUGUGCUCGCAAGCACUAACGUUGCCGGCGAUGCGCUGACGGAUGCUUCAUCAACUCCGUCUUUGGCACCAGCUUCAACUGCCAAUGGAGGCGGCGAAGAUGCACAGCAGUUCUUUGACGCAUGGUACCAGGCCGAGUGGGCGGCAGCUACGAUGCCAUCCUACGACGCUGCCUACAACGGCGCAAAUAGCAUCGGAGGUGGUGCUGCAGGUGUUAGUUUAGGUCUGGAUUCACUUGGAAGUCUAGGCGGUGCCUUUCGCUCUGCAGGAAGCGGCACUGGCUCUUCAGGUUUGCCAAUGGGUCAAGGGCUUGGCGGCGGCUUCAAUGGACUCGGAGGAGCUUCGCUUGGCGGCUUCGCUUCGACUGCGAACAGCGUGAACGGAGUCAACUACCGGGAUACGGGUGGACUCACGCUUGGCGCUGUCAUGAGCGGCUGGACAUCGCAGUCUGCCCCAAUCUCUUCGAGCUAUGCGACAAAAGAAGAGCUUCCGUCUUCCUCUAAAUCGCUUGACGAUCUCAUGUCGAAUGCGCAGUCCAUCAGCAGCGACGGUGGAGGUAUGUGGCAACAACAGCAGAACAGCCAGACUUCAGCAACGCCGACCUCCAUGCAAAGCCAGAACGUUCGUAAUAAGCCUGGUGUUACGACAGCACCUUGCUUGUAUGGUUCUUCCAAUUUGCCCGCUUCGGGCCUGGCAGCCGUAACUGGAGCGUAUGCCGAUGGCUCGUCGCAGCAGCCUCUGCUCGCGUUCGACGGCGCAGCUCAGACUCAGGACACAUCGCUGCCGUCGGGCCCUGGUCAACAGAACUUUGACCCAGCUUUCUGGCAGACACUGAUCGACAAGAUCAUCACCUAA